AUGGUUAGUGUGCUCACUGCCUGUGGUAAGUUAGCACGAUUGAAGGAAGAAGGUGCAGUGCACGGCUUUAUCAUAAGGACUUCAGAAAAAUCUAAUCGGAUUCUUGAUACAUCACUGAUUGAUAUGUAUAGUAAAUGCCAUAAGGUAGACGCAGCACAAAGAGUAGCAGAAGGAAAGAGCAUUUCUCCAGAUGAAAUCACUUUCAUUGGUGUUCUUUGUGCUUGUGCACAAGCAGAACUAUUGACAGAAGGAAGAAGUUAUUUCAAUCAGAUGAUUGAUUUGUAUAAGAUAAAACCAAAUUUUGCACAUUAUUGGUGUCUGGCAAACCUUUACUCUGGUUCAGGGCUUACAGAAAGGGUUGAGGAAAUCUCAAGGAAGAUGCUUGAAGACAAGGAAUUGCCAUCAGAAUCAUUGGUGUGGGUCAAUGUACUCAGCUCAUGUCGUUUCCAAGGAGAUGUGGCUUUAGGGGAAAGAAUAGCAAAAACUUUGAUAGACAUGGAUCCUCAUGAUUUCUCUUACUAUCAGUUGCUACUGAAUGUCUAUGAUGUAGCAGGUCGAAAGGAGGAUGUUGCUAUGGUGAAAGAGCAAAUGAAAGAAAGAAGGAUGGGAAGAAUACCCGGAUGUAGUCUUGUAGACUUGAAAGAAAUUGUUCACAAGUUGAAACUGGAAUGCUCUUUUGCGAGUGACAGGGAAACGAAGGGGAGGUCAUCAUGCAGAAAUCAAACUUGGUGA